AUGGAGAAAUGGUACCAAUAUUUAGCUGACCCAAUAGCGGGGCAUAGAACGGUGGAGGCUAUUCGUCCAGUACUUAGUAACUGGGCAAACAGAAAAAGUGGUGCUCUUACCUUUCGGCUUGUGCAGGUGUUGACAGGACAUGGAUGUGUUGGGCGAUACUUGCAUGACAUCGUGCGGCAGAUACCAACACCGAGCUGCUUGGAGUGUGGCGCAGAUGAUGACACUGCACAGCAUACGUUGGAGGAUUGUCCGCAGUGGUCUCAGCUGCGUCACAAUCUUUGUUUUGUGGUGGGUAAUAACCUUGCUUUGCCUUGUGUUGUGGAAAAAAUGGUCGGCAGUGACGAAGUUUGGAAUGCUGUAGUAUCCUUCUGUGAGCAUGUUAUGCUACAGAAAGAGACAGCAGAACGAGAGAGGGAGAACAAGGGAGUAAAUAGGAGAAGAUAUGCCCAUCUCCUACCUCCUAUGUAA